UAGUUGUGCAGAACUUUGAAACUAUAAAAAGGGCUAUUUUUUUGUACUGCUUCUUUUCUUUUCUUUUUCCGCUUACUUUUCGCUCCCAAAGAUCAGCAAUAAUGGCACCAAUCUUUACCCCCGAAAUCACCUCAAACGUUCAAUGGAUAUCACAAAUGAACGUUGAUAUUGAACCUACUGCCGGUCAACUAGUAACUUGGGCUGCUUCAAUUCGUCGAACUGUUGUUCAUUCUAUAAUUUAUUUCUAUCAGGGCCAAAAACAAACAGUGUUGAGAUGAUCACUCAACUUCGAAAUGCUGGUUUGAACGUAGUCAGAAUGAAUUUUUCUCAUGGAACCCAUGAAUAUCAUCAAUCUGUUAUUGAGAAUACACGUAAAAGUGCACAACUCUAUCCUGGACGUCCAGUCGCUAUUGCACUUGACAACAAGGGACCUGAAAUCCGUACAGGAAACAUGAAAGAUAACAUUGAGUUGCCUAUUCAAGCCGGUCAUGAAAUGAUCUUCAGUGUUGACGAGAAAUACGCUAACGAAUGUACUGAUCAAGUUAUGUAUAUCGAUUAUAAAAACUUACCUAAGGUGAUUGCCGUCGGCAAAUUUGUAUACAUCGAUGAUGGUGUGUUAUCUUUUGAAGUGACUGAAAUUUUGGAGGAUGGUAUCAAGGUGAUUGCCAGAAACAACGGCAAGCUUUGCUCACACAAAGGAGUCAAUCUUCCCAAUACAAAUGUCGACUUACCAGCCCUUUCAGAAAAAGACAAAGUUGACUUAAGAUUUGGUGUUGAGCAAAAGGUUGAUCUGAUCUUUGCCUCUUUCGUCCGAAGCGGUCAAGAUGUCAGAGAUAUCAGAGACGUUUUAGGCGAAGAGGGUAAGCAUAUCAAGAUCAUUUCAAAGAUCGAAAAUCAUCAAGGUGUGGAGAACUUUGAUGAGAUCCUUCAAGAGACUGACGGUGUUAUGGUUGCUCGUGGGGAUAUGGGUAUAGAAAUUCCUCUUGAGCGUGUAUUUAUCGCACAAAAAAUGAUGAUCACCAAAUGUAAUCUUGCUGGUAAACCCGUUAUCUGCGCCACUCAAAUGCUGGAGUCUAUGACUUACAACCCUCGACCAACUCGUGCUGAGGUUUCUGAUGUUGCUAAUGCCGUAUUAGACGGUGCUGACUGUGUAAUGCUUUCUGGUGAAACAGCCAAAGGCAAUUAUCCCAUAGAGGCCGUCAAAACCAUGCAUGACAUUUGUAAACUUGCAGAGUCUGUUCUCUGUUACCCUGCUGUCUUCAACGAGCUUCGUUCUUUAACUGCUCUACCUACUGAAACAACAGAGACAGUCGCCUGUGCUGCCGUAGCCGCUGCACACGAACAAAGAGCAGGCUGUAUUAUUGUUUUGACAACCUCUGGUAACUCUGCUCGCCUCAUUUCCAAAUACAGACCCCGUGCUCCCAUAAUCGUUGUUACCCGCAAUCCUCAAACUGCACGUCAGGUACAUCUGUACAGGGGCUGCUUCCCUUUCCAUUAUCCCAAGGCCUCUUCAUCGGCUGCUGCUCGUUUAUCUGCAACAGCCACAACAGCCAACUCUCAGUUGAGCCCUGCAGAUAAUGCUCCUUGGCAAGAAGAUGUUGACUCUAGAAUUAAAUGGGGCAUGGAGCAAGCAAUGAAAUAUGGUUUACUCAAGCAUGGCGAACCAGUCGUUGCUGUUCAAGGUUGGAAGGGUGGAUUAGGAAACACUAAUACUCUUCGUGUUAUAUACUCUCCUGUGAAAUAAGCGUUCCGUUUGAUAGGUACUGCUCUUCAUGUAUCCGCGCUAAAAAAAAAAAAAAAAAAAAAAAAAAAAAAAAA